AUAAAACACAUAAGCAUUGUUAUAAGCAUUCUUCCUGCCUUUUUAACUUGGAUAAUCUCAAAGGAAGAACAACUUGAGAUCACAGAAACACUCUACAGAUUUAGCUGCGUGUUUUUAUUGCAUGCGUUUUCCCACCUAUAUAUAAUCGAUGCUGCCUUAUUUUUGAGUCCCUACAGAAAGUGUCUAUAUUAAGCAAGAUGGCAGAAAGUGCGGAUAAUGAAUAUAUUGCCCGUCGCGAACUUCCAGCCCCAAUGUUAUCCAGAAAAAAGAUAAGUGUUUGGUCGGUCCUCAAAAAUUGUAUUGGAAAGGACCUAAGCAAGAUUACCAUGCCAGUUGAGUUGAAUGAACCGUUAAGCUUCCUACAACGAAUCUGUGAAUAUAUGGAGUAUGCCAAUGUCUUGACCUAUGCUGCCCACCAAGAUAAUCCAGUGGAUCGCAUGAAAUAUGUGGCAGCAUUUGCCGUAUCGGCCUUGGCUUCCAACUUGGACCGACUGGGCAAGCCGUUCAAUCCGAUCCUUGGCGAAACCUAUGAGCUGCAACGAGAGAAUUAUCGCAUUGUCUGCGAGCAGGUCUCGCACCAUCCACCGAUAUCUGCAUUUCAUGCAGAAUCCAACGAUUUUAAUUUUUACGGCUCGAUAAAUCCGAAAAUUAAAUUCAGUGGAAAAAACGUUGAGAUACGUCCAACUGGAGUUGUUACUGUCGAGUUUCCUAAAUGGAAUGAAACCUAUACAUGGAGUAAUGUCAAUUGUUGUGUGCACAAUAUUAUUGUCGGAAAACUUUGGAUUGAGCAAUAUGGAACCAUAGAAAUCACAAACCAUGCCACUGGACAUGUGGCAACAUUAACCUUCAAAUCAUCAGGUCUCUCAGACAAAGAUCUUUACAGGGUAGAAGGCUUUGUCAAGGAUGAAAAUCAGCAAAAACUUCUAUUCCUUUAUGGCAAGUGGACAAAGUUCUUGAAGUGCUGCUCGAUGGAAGAUUAUGAGGAGCACAUGCAGCAGGAGAAGAAAAUUGAGGAAGAGAAACAUUGUAAUUCCACGCAUAAUGCUGCUCAAGGCAAAAUGUUUUCCAAAUUAAAUAGUUUUAAAUUGGAUUCCUUUCGCAGUUUAUCUCUACAGGAGGACAAGGAGUUCACACCUAAUGAAACCAACGAUGGGCUGCCCAGAAGUGAUUCGGAUAUUAGUCUGAAUUUGCCCAAUUCUAUACUACUAUGGAGGUGUAAGCCAAGACCUGCCAAUAGCAGCGAGUAUUAUCAUUUCACUAACUUCGCUCUGCAAUUGAAUGUAAUGGAGUCUAAUAUGAAACCACCAGAUACCCUUUGCCCCACCGACGCACGACUACGGCCGGAUAUAUUAUGUUUGGAGCAGGGCGAUUUAGAUGGAGCCUCAAGGGAGAAAGCACGUUUGGAAAAACAGCAGAGGGACUAUAGAAAACAAGAAAAAAACUCGGAUGAGCUUGGGCCAAGAUGGUUCAAAAAGGCUUACAACCCGUACACAAAGAGUGAAGCUUGGAUUUAUAAUGGCAACUAUUGGGAUCGCAACUACAAGAAUGUUAAUGCAAUUUUUUAAAGGCAAAUGUAUAUAGUACCUAUAGUAGCCGUUAUUAUGUAUCGUACAAAAUAAAGUUAAUGUGAGUUAUUUAGUAGAAUCAAU